CUUAUAUAGUAGAUUAUCCUGAAAGAAUCAAAUAGCUGGAUUUCAUUCAGUUUCACCUGGAAAAAAAUUAGUUGGCUGACUUUGAGUGAGAAUGAAAGUACUUUUUGUCAUCACUGAUAAUUGUGUUGUGAUUAAAAAAGUAAUUUAUAGAGUAGCCUGCUUAUUUCAUUGGUUCAUGAUUAGGCAGAAACUUUGACAACAAUGUUUUUUAUAAGUUGUCACCUCCUGUAUGUGGAUCUCAAAAAGUAACAUUCUAGUCAAACUGAUGGGUUGUAAAUAUUAAAACACAUCAAGGUGUUAUUGCAUAAAAAUUAAUUAUAAACAUUAUUUUGACAGUACAGGCUUUUCAUUGGUUUUUGCAUUUUAAUCAAAUGCUGACAUCCCCAUGAUGACAAUGUUUUAAUUAAGGUCUAAAGAUAGAAAUAAUUUGCACACAGAGAUGUUUGUUAUCAAUAGUAAAUAGGAUGUGACACUGUAUGAAAACUAUUUACAUAAAAAGAACUGAACAUCCAAUGUGAACAUGCAUUUGUUUGACUUCCUCAUUUACAAGUCAAAUUUUGAAUGCUGUUUAUGAAGGUGGCCAAAUGAUGAGGAACUUCACUUCUCUAAACAUCCUUCACCUCACUGCUCAAAAAGACCUGACAAAAAAACUUUCUGCCUCUUCUGAAACACAAAGAUGGCUGCAGCUCUGACUCUCCUCCUCAUUGGCUGUCUGCUGCAAGGUGCCCUGUGUGGAGAGUUUGAGAUCAUUAUACCAAAGACUAUAGAGGUUCUGAAGAGAUCCUGUGUGACAAUCCCCUGCUCCUUUGACGUAGAGGAUCAACAUAAUGUCAACUUAGAUAACACAUGUAAAGCAUUAUGGAGAAAAGGAAAUAGGGACACUGGCCCUUUUGUGUUUGAUAGCAGUAAUCCACAACAGAAAGGACAAUUGAUUGGUAACCUAACAAAAAAAGACUGCACCACAACCCUGAAUGACAUGCAAAACACCAAACUGUAUUUUUUUAGAUUGGACUGUUUCGAUGUGAAAUACAAUUUUGAUGGCGUGAAAAUUUCAGUCACAGAUGAUCCACCCAGACCGACUCUGACUCCGCCCACACUGAAGGUGAAAGAGGGAACCUCAGUGAGUUUGAACUGCUCUGCUCCAGCUCCCUGUCUGUCUCUUCCUCCAAAUCUGACAUGGAGCCCCGGCCUGGGUGAAGAUCAGGAGACCCUGCAGGAGAAUCAGGACAAAACUAAAGUCAAGAUCUCUGUGCUGAACUUCAACGCAUCACACCUCCAUCACGGACAGGAAAUCUCCUGUACUGCUGUCUACAGAAAACAAGAUGGCAGCACUGAGUCAUCUGUGAAAACAAGUUUAACAGCUGACAUUACAUAUGCUCCACAGAUCAUGUCCUCAUCUGAUUGCACCAAAACUGCUAACCAGGUCAACUGUUCCUGUGAGUCUACAGGAAACCCUCCUCCCACUUUACAAUGGAGUUUGGAUGGGUUAGCUGUCAAUCACUCAGAAGAGUUUGCAGUCAGUUAUGGCACAGGCGGGAGCUUCAUCACCAUGAGUCAAGCCCAAUGGAAGGAUCACUUCACUGUACUUUGUCGCAGUUCAAACUCUCUGGGAUCUGUUGCUCAGCGAUUUCUUUUCUACAGCCUUCCAACAUCUGCAGAAAAUAGUGUGAUUUCGCCAGUCUUCAUCGCCACCAUUGUCGUCUUCCUAGUGGUAAUAUGUGCACUACUAGUGCUAGUAUGUGCUCUACUCUUUGUUAUCAGGGCUCAGAGGACUCAACACAACCUGCUUAAGAGUCAGGGGUCAGGUAACGCCAGCACAGUUGCCAUGAGCCAACUUCUACCAAGUGGAGAAGGAAAUGAGGAACCCAACAAAACAGAUGAGGACAUUUAUGUCAACAUGUAUGAGCUGAAGAAACCAGGUGUCACCCAACCUGCAACUACCUCUGAGCCAAUCAGCACCAACUUACAAAGCUCAAGCCGAAACAACACAGAAGAUGCCAGUAUAAGUUCAGAGAAGAAAAACGAGGAAAGCAAAGAUGUGAUUUACACUAGUGUGACUUGGAGGAGCAAAGGGAAGAAGGAGGGAGGAAGCUCUGGGGACACAAAUCAGUCAGGUCUCUCUUAUCUGGAGGAGAAGCGCUUAGAGGGAGCAUUGAAUUUUGUGAGCAAUGCAGUAGAGAUGGUAAAUCUAUACGACGAAGUGAAGCCUAGAAAUGUGAAGAAGGACUUCACAAAUUAGAGAAAAGAGUGUGAUGCAGACAUAGCUUACAGUUCAGUCAGGACCACUUUGUCAAGAAAAUGUACUUCAUUGCAAUUAUUUAUAUUCGGCGGUAUGGCUUUGUUUUGGGAUCUCCCUGACCUUCCACGUUCUUAAGUUGAAUGCAUACAAGGAAAGCUUUAGGCAGAGAUAAGCAGCAAAGCCAAACAGAGCAGGCAUCAAUGACAAGCAUGACAUUGAUUGAUGCAAGUCAUUGCAGCAUAAAAGGAGGAGCUGGGGUGGAGGAGGGCUGCAAAUGUGGCUUGCAGAGGGAGCAGCAAAGAGUAGGCAGGCUAGAGCAGUUUAAAUAAGCGGCAUAAGAACUUUUGGCUAAUAGAAUGCUUUGAAGCAAAUCAGCUUGAGGCUUGUGUGAGAUCAGCUGUUACCGAAACUCUGGCAUGAUAGUCGAGCGUGACUCCAUUCCCUGCCUGAAACUGAAACGAAGAAACAUAGUGACUUCAGUUCUCUUAUGCUGGCUAGCUGCAGUUAUUUUUUUACAAGUUGUGUCAACGCUGAAGGCAUUUCAUCCUCAAUGAAUUUACAGCAACUACUGCAGACCCAUAACCUGCAGGGUGAUGAAGAAUGACUAGUUGUCCUUGGUCUCAAUGCAAAGAAUUAACCAAACUGUGAGCACAAAACAGAGGCACAUUUUAAAUGAAAAUCAAGUUAAAAUCGUUAUUUGAAGGCCAUAUAUUUUUUUAAUGGAAAAUAAACAAGAAAAAAGAAAAUAUACAUUCAAGAGAGCAAAACAAUAUCAAAAGUUCUUAAAUCAGCAAUAGAAAUUCAGCGUUGCGUUAGUUCAGGCAGGGAAUCAACACAAUGCUCUAUAUGUCAACCAAAUCAAGUGAAGCUUUUGAAAGCCCCUUAGCAACAUCUUUCAGCUAUCUUCAAAUUGUGUGUCUUCAUACCAUUGCCAAGACUACCACAUAGCAUAUAACACAAGUGUAACAGGAAAUAGGAAAGCAAACCAACAUUCUGCCAGGUACAAAGCCUUGUUGAAAAAGUUAGAAUUUAGAGUGCCUUAAUGUUUAUGUUCUUUAAGCUAGUGACAGGUUUUGUUUAUUAAUGAAUAAAAUUAUUCAAAUUUCCACUUUUUUUUAACCAAUAAUAACAAAAAAAAAGUUAAUUCGGGGUCUCAGUUGUUAAUUUUGUGUGAAUUUAGGAAGAAUAGAUGUUACUAAGGAAAUGACUAAUGAGGAGCUUGUGUAAAUAAAUAAAUAAAUGUCCCAGUAACCAAG